UAUUACAAAAUGGAGUAAUGUCGGAAGUAUCGAGUUUUGUAUAUUUUGACGAUUAAAACUUUAAAGAAUUAAAUUAAUAAAACAAAAAAAGUAGUAAGAAUUACCACAUAAUCGAAGAAUUAUCAGUUUUAAGAUGUAAUGUAGAAAGAAGAGUAAAAUAUUUUAAUAGGUAGUUUCAGUUUUAUCUGAUAGAAUAAAAUAUUGUAAUUGAAAAAGAAAAAGAAGAUGCAAGGCAGUGCAACUCAGUCAUCUCCUCAGAGAUUUUUUCACAUGCCAAGGUUUCAAACAAAUUUUCAGAAACCAGUUGCUUAUUAUAACAGUCACCAGUAUCGACAACACUCCCAACAAAUUCAGGCAAUCGAAUUUGAUGGUAAACGUCUAAGAAAAGCCGUAGCAAGAAAGACCGUUGAUUAUAAUUCGGCAGUUGUGAAAUAUAUUGAAGUAAGAAUAUUUUUUAUUAAUUAUUUUUAUAUAAAUGUUAUUGCAAAUGUAAGAUCUCAGAGAAUUGUAGUGACAAGGAUGGUACCACCAUUGAGCAUGGUAGAUAAUCCCAUUAAUGCUGUUACUACAAAGUUUGUAAGAACUUCAACAAAUAAGAUGAGAUGUCCAAUAUUUUGUGUUGCUUGGACACCUGAGGGAAGAAGACUGGUAACAGGGGCAUCUAGUGGGGAAUUUACCUUAUGGAACGGCUUGACUUUCAAUUUUGAGACAAUAUUACAGGCUCACGAUUCACCCGUUCGAUGCAUGGUUUGGAGUCACAGUGACGUGUGGAUGGUAACGGGCGAUCACUCAGGAUACGUGAAGUAUUGGCAGAGUAACAUGAAUAACGUGAAAAUGUUUGAAGCACACAAGGAACCGCUACGUGGAAUAAGUUUUUGUCCUACGGAUACUAAAUUCACGACGUGUUCCGACGAUGGCACUGUACGAAUAUGGGAUUUUUUGAGGUGUUAUGAAGAAAAAAUUCUGAGAGGACACGGUGCUGAUGUGAAAUGUGUAGACUGGCAUCCACAAAAGUCAUUGAUCGUAUCCGGAAGUAAAGACAGUCAACAGCCUAUAAAGUUAUGGGAUCCAAAAUCAGGUCAUAGUUUAGCUACGAUACAUGCACAUAAAAGUACAGUAAUGGAAGUCAAAUGGAAUCAGAAUGGAAAUUGGUUAUUAACGGCUUCAAGAGAUCAUCUGCUUAAAUUAUUUGACAUCAGAAAUAUGAGUCAAGAAGUUCAAACAUUUCGAGGUCAUAAAAAAGAAGCUUGCAGCUUAGGUUGGCAUCCAGUACACGAAAGUCUAUUUGCUAGCGGAGGAUCAGACGGUUCAAUUAUGUUUUGGGUCGUAGGAGCUGAUAAAGAAGUUGGAGGAAUGGAACAAGCUCACGAUUCAUGCGUUUGGUCUUUGGCUUGGCAUCCCCUGGGUCAUAUAUUAUGUUCUGGUUCUAAUGAUCAUACAAGUAAAUUUUGGACUAGAAAUCGUCCUGGCGAUAAAAUGCGAGAUAAGUAUAACUUAAACACUCUGCCGAAAGGUCAGGAUGAAACAGCAGAAUAUGAUGAACCUGGUGGACUUCCUACAAUUCCAGGAAUGGGAUUAGAACAUGGUCUGGUGGAUAGUUUAAGCUCAUUAGGCUUAGGUUGGCAUCCAGUACACGAAAGUCUAUUUGCUAGCGGAGGAUCAGACGGUUCAAUUAUGUUUUGGGUCGUAGGAGCUGAUAAAGAAGUCGGAGGAAUGGAACAAGCUCACGAUUCAUGCGUUUGGUCUUUGGCUUGGCAUCCCCUGGGUCAUAUAUUAUGUUCUGGUUCUAAUGAUCAUACAAGUAAAUUUUGGACUAGAAAUCGUCCUGGCGAUAAAAUGCGAGAUAAGUAUAACUUAAACACUCUGCCGAAAGGUCAGGAUGAAACAGCAGAAUAUGAUGAACCUGGUGGACUUCCUACAAUUCCAGGAAUGGGAUUAGAACAUGGUCUGGUGGAUAGUUUAAGCUCAUUAGAACCUGAGAAAGAUGAUGCAGCCAUUAUCCCUGGUCUAGACUUUGGAAAUGAUGAAGUUUUAUUACCAGAUCGUUCUCAAGUUCAAAGGAAAAUACCAUUUGCAAAGCCCAUUCCACGGCAAUUUCAACAACAGUGGAUGGAAAACAAACAACCCUUAUUACUUGCUCCUCCAACUGAAGACAGCUCAAAAUCAGAAUCUGAAAAUGCAGUUAUGAGUCAGCCAACAUCCAUGGAAAUGCCUCCAAUAGGACAACCAAUUCAACGUGAACAAUCUAUUCAAGAUCCUUAUUUACAAAUGAAUCCCCAGAUGAGAAGUCCAAGAUUUUCUGGAGAACAUAUGAUGAGACCUUUACAGCCAGGUUAUUAUGAAGGUCCUCAUUUUCCUCCUAAAGAACUUCCUCCUCCACCUGUAGGACAAGGACCCUACUUACCACCACCUGGUAGCAUGCAUGAACAGGAUAUUAGAAUUAGACCUGUUAAUCCAGCACUUCAAAAAAGUGAACUUGGUGAUUUGGAUGAUCGUCAACUUUCCAGAUCUCCAAUUAAAGCAAAACCGUUUGAUCCGAAGAUAGGUGAAUGGAGAUCUUACAGAGAAGACCCUGGUAAUCCCGAUCUACAUCCUAGAAAUGACAGUGAGACGAAUAAUCAUCAUCCUCAGUUAUGGUUAAAAGAGCAUGACAACUUGCCAAAUGAGAGCGAUUAUUAUAAGGAUUAUGGUGAUCAUCAACCCGGAUAUCCUCCACACUCGAGUCCACGAGGCAGCCUUCGUGGAAGGGUUCGAGGUCGUGGACUUCCUAUGCCGAGAGAUAGUGAUUUGAGAUACGGUGGACAAUUAGACAGUGAUAUGCUCAUAGAUCAUGACGACCGUCUUCCAUUGCCCAGUGAAAGUGUGGAUUUAUAUGGACAAGCACACAAACGCCAAUGGAACGAAGGGCCCGGAAAUAGCCCACAAUUUCCUCUCGAUCCUGAUAUGCCACCAAUGGAACCAUUUCCUCCCGUUCACGGAAGAGGAGGACCUGGUUUCCUUCAGGCGUUCCCAAGAAUGAGAGGACAGCGAGGGAUGAUGCGAGUCCGACCGAUAUUUAGGGGAAUAGCUCCAAGAGGUGGAAGAGGAAUGAGGGGUGGAUACAUCGAAUGAAAUCGAAAAGAAAUGAACAAUGCAUAUCUUAAAGUAAUGAAGGAAUCCACAGUGAAAACGGAGAAGAAGAAAUUAAAAAAUUUACAAAACAAUACAAUCAAGCAUGAAGCAAGUAUUUAAAAUACCUUAAAUUCCUAAAUUCAUAAAAACCAUUUAAACUUCUCAGGUUCAGAAGUGACUACAUUCCUAACAUCCCACAAAAGAAACAAAAAACUUUUACGAUAUACAUUUUCUGCAGAAGCAUCCGAAUAAGUUGGAUAGUAAGUUAUUUCUUUAAUACUGAAAAUAAUUAUUAUUGAAUUUAAAAUAUAAGUUUGCUCUUUUGGUAAUCAAAUAUUACGAGAGCAUUAAAUAGUGUUACCAUUAAUGACAAUUUUUGAGCAGUUUCUAACUGUAAAAUGAUUAAUUAAUUAUUUUUGAAACUUUCUUUUUGAACACUAAAAAUGAAGGUUGUGUUAUUCUAUAAUUGUUUUUUUACUUACACACAAGUCAAGUGGCGAUGUCUCUUCGAGCAGAGCUAACUUAUUCGCAUCAAAUAUUGAUAAAUAUUAUUUUUUAGAUGUUUGAAGAUUUCGUUUUUUCAGUCGAUAAUGUACAGUUUCAGUUGUGUGCGUGCUUUAUUAACUGUUAAGGACAUUCAUUUUCUCAUGAUUUGACCUGCCAUUUCGUCAUAUACAUCUUGGAUUUUUCUACUUGCGGCAUGCUCGUAAGCAAAGCCCACAUAUAAAGAAAGAAAGAAAAAAAAAAGUCAUUGAGUUUAAUGUACAGAAUGUUGUAAUUUUUGAAAUGAUCAGUAUAAUAAAAUCAUUUCAUAUAUUGUACAGUAUAGAAUUUUAUACAGAUUUUGUGAUAUAAAAAAUAAUAAUUUGAAAAGUUGCUAAAAUAUAGAUCUCUAUUGAAAAUAGGUAAAAGGUAAAUAAGUCAUUCGAACUAAUUUAAGUUUGAGUUCAGUCUAGGUUUUUAAUUUAACAAAAAACUGUACUCGUGAUUUAAUUUCUUUAUUCAUAGGUUUGUUUAAUAAAAUGUUUUAUCAUUACAUGCUUUGUAAAAUACUGUAUGAUAUAAGCAAUUUAUACAGCAACAUACAGAUCACUAAAGUGCUCGAAACUACUUUGAAUACUAACAAAAAUAUUUGUCAAUGAUAAAAAUUUAGUUACAAUUCUAUACAUGACUAGAAGAGAGAUGUGCCGGGAGGUUCGUCAUCUCGACAGCCCAUGACGAGAUCCCGUAAAGAACCAUCAUAGUGAUGCAUGGAGCCUUCAACACCAUUCUUUCAUUCACUUCAUCCUUUGAAACUCUAAAGAUGAAGUUACAUCCUUCAAAAGCAUUCAAAUGCAUAAAUAUUUAUUUAGAUUCCUGAAUUAAGGCUGAUUUUGUUGGUAUAAUCUACAGUAUUGUGGAAGACAGAAUAAAAUGAAUUUAUUAAUAAGAUGAUUUAUAUAGUAUCCAAGAAACCCUGAUCAUAGGUGAAAUUUAUUAUACAGCAUAUAUUUCUUCACCCUUCAGAAUCUAUAUUUUGUAAGAUGGAACUUUUGGCUUUUUGGAAUUCAUGAAUGGUGCCGAUAACAGCAAGUCUUGCAUCUAUGUAUUAAAAAAUAAAGGUGUGAAAACAAAAAACAGUAACGGAGCAUUACUUAUUUCAGUCGAAAAUUGUUCCGCAUCAUAGGUUGAACGUACUAUUUUUGUUGCUGCCAUCUUGAAUUUUGCCUCUCUCUUUCUGUCAAUAAAUCUGCUAUUCUGAUUGGU